CCUCAGCAGCUCACCUGUCCUGCACUCCUGCCAGAGGAAAGGCCGCUCCAGCAUGAUGCAGAUUCUCCUCCUCGCGCUUGCUGUCAGCCUGGCGUGUGCUGACUCAAUCGACUAUUCAAAGGUCCCCGGGAAUUGGCGCACCAUCGCCAUAGCAGCUGAUCAUGUAGAGAAGAUUGAAGUGAAUGGGGAACUGAGAGCCUAUUUCCGUCAGGUGGACUGUACAGAGGGAUGCGACAAGAUAUCCAUUACGUUUUACACAAAUACCGAUGGGGUGUGUACAGAGCACACAGUUGUUGGCGCAAGAAAUGGUGAAAAUGAUGUUUACACUGUGGACUACGCUGGUGAAAACACUUUCCAAAUUCUUUGCAACAGUGAUGAUGCCUUCGUAAUAGGUAGUGUCAACACGGAUCAAAAUGGACAGACAACAAAAGAAGUUGCAAUCGCUGCCAAAAGAAACUUCCUGACACCCGAACAAGAACAGAAGUUUCAGAAGGCGGUUCAGAAUGCGGGUAUCCCCCUGGAAAACAUCAGAUACGUCAUCGAGACAGACACCUGCCCAGAUUAAAGCUCUCACUUGGAUGAAAACAAGCAAUGUGUACUGACGAGAGUCUUCUCCACGAUGUCCGAAUCAUCGAUGUGUGGAUCCAAUCAUCUGUGCUUUCCAAUUGUACUUUCUUCUUUCCUAUGAAAUCAUCAGCCAAUAGGCUGAUCU